AUGAAGGUACUAAUAGUAUUCAGUUUAUUAUUUGCUAUUGUAUACGGAGGAGGUCAACAAUAUGAAUAUUCAUAUGGUGUAAAUGAUCCAUCCACUGGUGAUAUCAAAGAAGCAAGUGAAACAGGAGACGGUGCCAGCGGUGUUGUACAAGGACAUUAUUCAUUAGUUGAACCUGAUGGUAGUGUACGAACCGUACGAUAUACCGCGGAUCGUAUAAAUGGUUUUAAUGCUGAAGUGACACACAGUGGAAAAGCAGCGAUUCAUGCUGCACCAGCAAUUCAUGCUCUUCCAGCAGCUGCUAUUUAUCAUCCGGCAUUACCAGCUUUAUCUGGUUAUGCUUUCCAUUAA